CUUGCAUCCCUCUGUCGUGCACCAUGGCCCAAGCUCGACGUCGUUCAACCCGUGGAAAGAGAAUUGAGGUGGUCGAAGAAACGACCGCAUCGCCCUCGAAUUCUCUGUAUGAAUCAGAAGUGAAGGAGGAGCAUAAGGGAAAAUCCUCGGCGGCAACCGAAGAGACUUGUCCUUCCUGUCAAAAGGAUGUCUCCGGAGAUAUAAGCCUUGACAAGAACAACUGGAUCCGGUGCGACGCAUGCAAAGUUUGGUAUCACUGGGGCUGCGCAGGGAAUGGCGAGGAUUCUGCUUCUAUAGACAAAUGGUAUUGUACACCGUGUCUGCAAGCAGAUCCCAAGCGCGCCAUCACACAGAAAGCUCCAGCACGCAAGUCUGACCGGAAACGGGCUCCCAGAGAUUAUGCUGGGCUAAAUUCCAGUGGAAUGGAAAUGGACCCAACGAGGUGGGUGAGGAUGAUAGAGGGCAAGCAUAUCAAGCCAGACCAAUUCAAGAGGAUGAAAGGCGGAGAUGUUGGCCUGGAAUGGCUACAGGACGACGAGACUGCGAUGUUAGAGCCCAUUAUCAUCGAGAAAACCGAUGGACUGGGUAUGAAAAUGCCGCCUAGCGAUUUUACCGUUGAGGACGUCGUAGAAGAUGUCGGAAAUGAUGUUCCUGUGGAGGUCAUUGAUGUCGCAUCGCAGUCUACCUCUCCCGGAUGGAAUCUUGGCAAGUGGGCGGAUUAUUGGGCACUAGAAUCGGGUAAGAGGGAUAAAGUCAGAAAUGUUAUUUCUCUGGAGGUUUCUGGGACACCGCUGGCCGACAGAAUACUUCCUCCGCGACUAGUGAGAGAAAUAGAUUGGGUGGACAACUUUUGGCCAAGUACCAGAAAAGGAAAGGGCCACACCUAUCCUAAGGUCCAGCUAUAUUGUUUAAUGGGUGUUGCUCAAGCGUGGACGGACUGGCACAUUGAUUUUGCCGGAUCUUCCGUAUAUUAUCAUAUACUGAAGGGGUCCAAGGUCUUCUACUUUAUACGACCAACACCUACCAACCUCGCUGCAUAUGAGAAGUGGUCUGGGACCGAGAUUCAGAACCAGAUGUGGCUUGGUGAUAUGGUGGAUGAAGUUGUCAGAGUUUCCUUAACAGCUGGAAACACUAUGAUAAUCCCUACUGGGUGGAUACAUGCAGUUCACACACCAGAAGAUACCUUGGUGUUUGGCGGAAACUUUCUACAUUCGUACAAUGUUGCUACCCAGCUCAAAGUAAGAGACAUUGAGAUUGCGACAUCAGUGCCCCGAAAGUUCCGAUUUCCGAUGUUUUUAAAACUGUGCUGGUAUGUUGGAGACAAAUAUUUACGAGAUCUCAGAGUGUCUCCAAGCAGCUCACUUCCGCCUCGUGUCGCAACAUCGAUGGCCUUUCUAGCUGAUUUUCUUGUUUCUCAAGUACGCAUAUUAGAGGGGGGCGAUGAGGCGGCCAAGAAGGAGGUCAGGGAGCAAAUACCACAUGAUCGUGUCAAAGACCCUGCAGUGGUUGCACGAGAGCUGCGAUGGAGAGUGCGUAUAGCAACCGGUCUCACAAGCGACGAUGAAGACAAUCGAAAGGCGCCGAAUACCCGCCCUAAGAAUGGGGUAGGUGCAAAACGAAAACGGACAAUGUCGGAGGACCCCACAAAUGAGCAUCCUGGUCCUGUACGCUUCAAAAAUUUCAAACCCAGGAAAUGGGACAGCAUCGACGAAAAGAUGGAAGAUGGGGAGAAUAGAGAGGUCAAGUGCCGACGACCGUUGGACGAUGAGCCCGUUGAAAAAUGGACAGAAGCAGAUGGAGAAGACAUGGCUGCUGCGAUGCGACGGCGACAGGUACUGAUAAAAGUUCGGCGGACGCGGGAUGGAUUAGAGCGAGAGGUGAUUGAACGAACAAUUGAAGAGUGGAAAUUUCAGUAGGAGAAUAUUUACAGCACAGAGCAGAAUAUUUAUCUCUUUGAUUUCGUA